AUUAAUCACUACAUGUACUGUAACCAAUAAUAUACAGUCAUAAAUGUUCGACUACGUUUAGUCUCGCUUGAACAAGACCGGACACAACUGUAUGGGAAAAAAAAAAUCACUAACAGCUGGAAUGAGUUUGUAGCACGCGCUUCAUACAGCUGAGUGUCUAUAAAGGCGCGGGUACAGGGCAGAACACGUCUCCUGGGAUGUGUAAGAAGAAAUGAUGGCCAUGCUGAGGAAGAUUAACCGAGUGCUGUCCAUGUUACUCAUCCUGAUGGCCUUGGCUCUGCUCUACAGCAAAAUGUUCAAAGCGCAUCAACCAGAAAAACCCUCAGAGCUCAGAGAGAACAAGGCCCUGAACCGAACCGUGGACGCUGAGACGGAGACAGACAUUCCCGUUGUGAUCUGUGCGGCAGAAGAGCGUCUCGGUGCUGCCAUGGCGACGAUCAACAGUGUGUACAGCAACACGCGGGCCAGUGUCUUCUUCUAUAUAGUGACUUUGAGGGAUGCUAUUAAGCUGACAAGGCAGUACAUUAAGAAAACCAAGCUGAAGCAGAUCAAUUAUAAGAUCCUGGAGUUCAAUCCCAUGGCGUUGAAAGGCAAAGUGAAGCCAGAUUCAUCCAGACCAGAUCUCCUCCAUCCUCUGAACUUUGUACGGUUCUACUUACCCCUGCUUGCUAUCAGCAACCAUAAGAAGCUUGUUUACCUGGAUGAUGAUAUCAUUGUUCAAGGAGAUAUCAAGGAGCUGUACAGUAUCAAGCUCCAGUCAGGACAUGCAGCAGCAUUCGCUUCAGACUGCGACCUGCCUGCUACACACGAGAUGGUGCGCAGUGUGGGCAUGCAAACAUCCUACAUGGGUUUCCUGGACUAUCGAAAGCAGGCAGUUCGAGAGCUGGGGAUUAACCCGAGUGACUGCUCCUUUAACCCUGGUGUGUUUGUGGCUGAUAUUGAGGAGUGGAAGAAGCAGAAGAUCACUGUCCAGCUGGAGAAAUGGAUGAGCGUGAAUGUUAAGGAAAACCUUUACAGCAGUGCCAUGGCAGGCGGUGUAGCCACUCCUCCGAUGCUCAUAGUCUUCUACAACAAAUAUACAAGGAUCGACCCUAAGUGGCACGUCAGACACCUGGGUUGGAGUCCUGAUGCUCAUUAUCCCCAGUCUGUCCUUCAAGAGGCACAGCUGCUUCACUGGAACGGUCGCUUUAAACCCUGGGACUACCCCUGUGUUCACAUUGACCUCUGGGAGAAAUGGUUUAUUCCUGACCCCUCUGGAAAAUUUGUUUUGUUACGGCCUGAAACUUAAAAAAAAAAAAAAAACCCAGACACUUUUAUAUGUACUAAAUAAAUCAGCGACUGAAGACUAGGAAGUGGUUCAUAUGUUGACCUACUGACUGGAAGAGUUCAAAUCCCAGGAUCACUAAGCUACUGCUGCUGAGCCCCUGAGCCAGGCCCUUAACUGCUCAGUUGUAUAAAUGAGAUAAAUGUAAGUCACUCUGGAUAAGGGGGUCUGCCAAAUGAAGUAAAUGUAAGACAUGUCUUUGUAAUUGAUUAUACAGUGCCUGAAGACAACAAAGCUGUAAAUCCUAAAUCAAAAAAAUUACUCAAAUACACUGUGCUACUCAACGUGUGGAGCUCAAAAUAAUCAUGUUUUAAAGGAAAUGGUAAAAGUGCCAUGCAGUGGAUAUGGCUAGGUUCAUUUUCUGCCCUAGAAAUGCUUGAACCCAUAGAGUGAAAAUGACAUCAUUCCGAGUUCAGACUUUCCACUUCCAAGUCAAAUGCAAUAAUAGUUUAAUCAAAACUGAACCAGAUGGAAUCGGUUGAAGAAAAGAGAAAAAGGCCAGUAUUUCUAUGUAAUUGCAGUUCAUUUCACAGGCAGUAGGCAGUGCUUAAAACCGUCCCUUUAAAAUGUAACAUGCCAUGAGAUUCCUGGUAGAUUAGCAGCCAGACAUCUCCAUCACCCUCUCCAGAACUAACUGGAACUGGUGCUGGGUGACUGCAUUAACCAUACAGUAACAAUUAAAGUUUGGAAAUAAGAUUCUGUACCUGUCCACACAGGUGCAUCACCGCUAACAAUAAACACGUCUUCAAUCUUUGUAAAAGACCACUAGGGGGCAGAGCUGUUCCAGAAGCGAAAGUGAUCAGACCAGAGGUGAAUUACAAGAUCCGACGUCACU